AUGCCCUACAUCCAGUCGGUCCAAGUGUCCAGACCUGAGGUAUCCUCCGUAUCCCUCCCCCUGCCGAUGCCUCAAACGGCAGACCAUUCACCAAGAAUUUUGUAUCCAAAGCCCAGAAGUUUGUUACUGAAGGUGAUGAAUUCUGACAUGGAUGCAAUUGAUGCUGAAAAUCAGGUGGAACUGGAGGAAAAAACAUGACUUAUUAAUCAAGUGUUGGAACUCCAACACACACUUGAAGAUCUCUCUGCAAGAGUAGAUGCAGUGAAGGAAGAAAAUCUGAAGCUAAAAUCAGAAAACCAAGUUCUUGGACAAUAGAUAGAAAACCUCAUGUCAGCUUCUAGUGUUUUUCAAACAACUGACACAAAAAGCAAAAGAAAAUAAGGGAUUGAUAUCCCUUAUGUCGUACAGAAUUGCUGCUGAUCUUUUAUUCUUUAAAACUUGGAUAGAUUC